AUGCCAAUUCCGUCCUCCACACGCCUGCUACAAACGUCGGCCGCGCUCAUCAUCGGCGACGAGGUGCUGAAUGGAAAAAUCUCAGACACAAACUCCAAGUUUUUUGCCCGCUACUGCUUCGCUCUGGGCCUGGAUCUACAGAAAGUGGAGGUGGUUCCCGACGAUGAAAAGGACAUUGUGGAGUCGAUCCAGCGACUGGCUUCGCGUUACGACUUCAUUGUCACCUCCGGCGGCAUCGGACCAACCCACGAUGACAUCACUUACGAGGCUAUCGCCAAGGCCUUCGAUAUGGGGGUCGAACAGCACCCUGCAACGGUGGACCGAAUGACUCGUCUGAGUAGACGAAAGAUCGACUUCUCAGACACGGAAGCACGAACGGCUCAGCUGAGAAUGGCCUCUUUCCCUGUCCCUCGUCCCCAGGGAGCUACCACAGCUCUCCCCGAGCUCCCCAACACGGUGGACAUCACCUACGUUGCCGAGGACCUGUGGGUGCCCAUUGUAACGGUGGCUGGCAAGGUAAACAUUCUCCCUGGUGUGCCCAGUCUCUUCACCCGGCUGCUGGAGGGAAUCAAGCCCGAUCUGGAGAAGAAGGUGGACACGGCCCGACAGCAGAUCCGUUUCUUUGUCAUGACCGAUCUGCCCGAGAGUGUCAUGGCCCCUUACUUGCGACGUCUGCAAGAAAAGGUCAAUGAGAAGGACAUCAAGAUCGGCUCGUACCCGCACAUGGAGCUCAAGAAAAACACCGUGUCUAUCAUUGGCCGAAAGGGAGACGUGGAGUACCUCAAGGAGAUUGUCAAGGACGUGGAGAAGAAUCUCAAAGGAGAAGAGAUUUCGGCGGAGAAGGAGGAGGGCAACAGUCAUGGGCCGUAG